CUUGUUUCUCAACGAAGAAACUAGCUUGUUCUCUCCAUGGUUUUCCUGUUUUGAUCUCUGAAAUUCGCAUCAACGAUACAGUUUCUUUUGUUAGAUCAUAUGAAUUCUCACUUUAGACACUAAUUUACAGAAAGUCAACUAAAGAGAAAUGGAGUGGGCGACGGUACAGCAUCUGGAUUUACGCCACGUAGGUCGAGGUGUUAAUAAACCAUUGCAGCCUCAUGCGGCUGCGUUUCACCCAACUCAGGCUCUCAUUGCCGCGGCGGUCGGUUCAUACCUGAUCGAAUUUGAUGCAUUAACAGGAAGCAAACUCUCUACGUUUAACAUUGGAGCACCUGUAGUGCGCAUGUCUUAUAGCCCUACUAAUGGUCAUUCUAUAAUUGCAAUUCUAGAGGAUUGUACAAUUAGGUCUUGUGAUUUCGAUACUGAGCAAACAUGUGUCUUGCAUUCACCUGAAAAAAGAAUGGAACAUAUAUCUAAUGAUACAGAAGUCCAUCUUGCUUUGACUCCUCUUCAGCCUGUUGUUUUCUUUGGUUUCCACCGCAGGAUGAGUGUAACUGUUGUUGGAACUGUUGAGGGCGGAAGAGCCCCAACAAAAAUAAAGACAGACUUGAAGAAACCUAUUGUAAAUUUAGCUUGCCAUCCACGCCUCCCUGUUCUGUAUGUGGCGUAUGCAGAUGGUUUGAUUCGAGCAUACAACAUUCAUACAUAUGCUGUUGCAUACACACUACAACUUGAUAAUACAAUUAGGCUUAUUGGUGCUGGUGCAUUUGCUUUUCAUCCAACAUUAGAGUGGAUAUUUGUCGGUGAUAGGCGGGGUACACUUUUGGCAUGGGAUGUCUCAACUGAGAGACCUAGUAUGAUUGGGAUUACACAAGUGGGCUCUCAACCAAUCACAUCAAUUGCUUGGCUGUCAAAUUUGCGGUUACUUGUCACAGUUUCAAAAGAUGGAACUCUUCAAGUGUGGAAAACACGAGUGAUACUUAAUCCUAAUAGACCUCCAAUGCAAGCAAAUUUUUUUGAGUCUGCUGGGAUUGAAUCAAUUGACAUCCCUCGAAUUUUAUCUCAGCAGGGUGGAGAAGCAGUUUAUCCUCUACCACGGAUUAGAGCUUUAGAAGUUCACCCAAAAUUGAAUUUAGCAGUUCUGCUGUUUGCAAAUAUGGUAGGAGGUGACAAUUUAAAAAAUAGGGCUGCAUACACAAGGGAAGGAAGGAAACAACUCUUUGCAGUUCUGCAAAGUGCCAGGGGAUCUUCAGCAUCUGUUUUGAAGGAAAAACUUGCAUCCUUGGGCUCAUCAGGAAUUUUGGCUGACCACCAACUUCAAGCACAACUGCAAGAACAUCAUCUGAAGGGCAGCCAAAGUCAGCUUACGAUUUCAGACAUAGCAAGGAAGGCAUUCCUUUACAGUCAUUUCAUGGAAGGCCAUGCCAAAACUGCCCCAAUAUCUCGGCUGCCUCUCAUCACUGUUUCUGAUACAAAGCAUCAACUGAAGGACAUUCCUGUUUGCCUGCCCUUUCAUUUGGAGUUAAAUUUCUUUAAUAGAGAGAACCGGCUACUUCAUUAUCCUGUUAGGGCUUUCUAUGUUGAUGGCAUGAACCUCAUGGGAUAUAACCUCUGUUCUGGAGCGGACAGUAUUCACAAGAAACUUUAUACAUCGAUUCCUGGAAAUGUGGAAUUCCAUCCGAAGCACAUUAUUUACAGCAAAAAGCAGCAUCUAUUUCUUAUCGUAUAUGAAUUCAGUGGCUCCACAAAUGAAGUGGUCCUUUACUGGGAAAAUACUGCCUCUCAGUCAGCCAGCAUUAAGGGAAACACAGUUAAAGGUCGAGAUGCUACAUUCAUUGGCCCCAGUGAAAAUCAGUUUGCAAUUCUUGAUGAAGACAAGACCGGGCUCGUUCUGUACAUUCUGCCUGGAGGAGAUUCAAAAGAAGCUGGUGAAAAAAAUUUAUUGCUUGAAGAAAACCAAUCAGUGGAAGCAAAUUCUGGUUCUCUUCGGGGUCCAGUUCAAUUUAUGUUUGAAAGUGAAGUUGAUCGUAUUUUUUCCACUCCAUUAGAGUCAACUUUGAUGUUUGCUAUUAGUGGGAGUCAGAUUGGUUUUGCAAAGUUGGUUCAGGGAUAUCGCCUCCCAACUUCGGAUGGUCAUUACAUACCAACAAAGAUUGAAGGGAGAAAGUCAAUCAAGUUAAAAAUGAACGAGAUUGUACUGCAGGUGCACUGGCAAGAAACUCUUCGGGGCUAUGUUGCAGGAGUGUUAACAACUCAAAGAGUACUUAUGGUUUCUGCUGAUCUUGAUAUACUGGCUAGCAAUUCCACAAAAUUUGACAAAGGACUUCCAUCAUUUAGAUCCCUUUUGUGGGUUGGGCCUGCUCUUCUUUUUUCUAGUGCCACUGCAGUCAGUGUGCUUGGCUGGGAUGGAACAGUGAGGACUAUUCUUUCUAUAAGCAUGCCCUAUGCAGUUUUGAUUGGAGCUUUAAAUGAUCGAUUACUGCUUGCUAAUCCGACGGAGGUAAAUCCAAGACAAAAAAAGGGGGUAGAGAUUAGGAGCUGUCUUGUUGGACUCCUGGAACCUCUUCUUAUUGGAUUUGCCACAAUGCAACAGACAUUUGAGCAGACGCUUGACCUGUCAGAAAUACUUUACCAAAUAACAUCCAGGUUUGACAGCCUGCGCAUUACUCCAAGAUCACUUAAUAUUCUUGCCAGUGGUCCUCCUGUUUGUGGAGAUCUUGCAAUUUCGCUAUCCCAAUCAGGUCCACAGUUCACCCAGGUGUUACGAGGCACAUAUGCUAUCAAAGCUCUCCGUUUUUCGACAGCUUUAUCCGUUUUGAAGGAUGAAUUCUUGCGUUCUCGAGAUUAUCCAAAAUGUCCUCCAACCUCUCAGCUGUUCCAUCGGUUUCGACAGUUGGGAUAUGCCUGUAUCAAAUAUGGCCAGUUCGAUAGUGCAAAAGAAACUUUUGAAGUUAUAGCAGACUACGAAAGCAUGCUUGAUUUAUUCAUAUGCCACCUUAACCCUAGUGCCAUGCGGCGUUUGGCUCAGAAGUUGGAAGAGGAGGGUGCAGAUCCGGAAUUAAGGCGAUAUUGCGAAAGGAUUUUAAGAGUUCGUUCUACUGGAUGGACGCAAGGCAUUUUUGCCAACUUUGCUGCAGAAAGUAUGGUUCCUAAAGGACCUGAAUGGGGUGGUGGGAACUGGGAAAUUAAAACCCCUACUAAUUUGAAAAGUAUACCUCAAUGGGAGCUUGCUGCAGAAGUAAUGCCAUACAUGAAGACUGAUGAUGGCACAAUCCCAGCCAUUAUUACAGAUCACAUUGGUGUUUACCUGGGAUUAAUUAAAGGAAGAGGCAAUAUUGUCGAAGUAAGGGAGGAUAGUUUGGUCAAAGCUUUUAGGGCUGCAGGUGACAAUAAGCCAAAUGGAGUUCCAAAUGCCUUGGCCAAAUCCAUGUCUAAUGGGUCAAAGGAAUUGCCUGAUGGUAAUUCAAAGGCUGAUUCCUUGAUGGGUCUGGAAACUCUCAUGAAACAAGAUGCAAGAUCAUCUACUGCUGAUGAACAGGCCAAAGCACAAGAAGAAUUCAAGAAAACAAUGUAUGGUGCAGCUAAUGAUGGUAGCAGCAGUGAUGAAGAAGAACAUACGAAAACCAAAAAACUACAAAUUAGAAUUCGAGAUAAACCACUUGCAUCUUCUACAGUAGAUGUCAAUAAGAUCAAAGAAGCAACGAAAAUAUUCAAACUCGGUGAGGGGUUAGGUCCUCCCGUGCGGACAAAGUCAUUGACUGGCUCCCAGGAUCUUGGCCAAAUUUUAUCCCAACCCUCUGCUAGUGGUGCAACUGCACCUGCUGCUGAUUUGUUUGGUACUGAUACAAUAUCGCAAUCGGCACCAGUAUCACAACCAGGACCUACAAUGAUGGGUGUGGGAGUUACAGCUGGACCUAUUCCAGAGGAUUUUUUCCAAAAUACUAUACCCUCCCUCCAAGUUGCAGCAUCACUACCUCCUCCUGGAACAUAUCUUGCCAAAUUGGAUCAAACUUCUCAGCAAGUUGAAAGCAACAGGGUGGUGCCUAAUCCAGUUGGUUCUUCUGUGACUGACAUUGGUCUUCCUGAUGGUGGUGUUCCUCCACAAGCCACUCAACAAACUACUCAAAAAACUGUCUCAAUUGAAUCCAUUGGACUUCCUGAUGGUGGUGUGCCGCCACAGGCCUCCAGUCAGCCUGCUGUCUCAUCUCAGCCUCAAGUUCGGGCACCUAAGGGCCCACUUCCUUCGCAACCUCUUGAUCUCAGUGUGCUUGGAGUUGCAAAUUCUGAUUCAGCAAAAUCUCCAGUGCAACCUGCUGCUUCACCAUCAGUGCGUCCUGGACAGGUUCCCAGAGGAGCAGCUGCUUCAAUAUGCUUCAAAACUGGGCUUGCUCACCUUGAGCAGAAUCAACUUCCUGAUGCGUUAUCAUGUUUUGAUGAAGCCUUCCUGGCACUAGCUAAGGAUAACUCUCGUGGAGCUGAUAUUAAAGCCCAAGCAACCAUCUGUGCCCAGUACAAGAUAGCAGUUACUCUGCUUCAGGAAAUUGCACGGCUGCAGAAAGUACAAGGCCCGAGUGCACUCAGUGCAAAAGAUGAGAUGGCAAGACUGUCACGACACCUUGGUUCUUUGCCUCUUCUAGCAAAGCACCGAAUAAAUUGCAUCCGAACAGCAAUUAAACGCAACAUGGAAGUGCAGAACUUUGCUUAUUCCAAGCAGAUGCUUGAACUCCUGCUGUCCAAAGCUCCACCGAGCAAGCAGGAUGAGUUGAGAAGCCUAAUUGACAUGUGUGUUCAGAGGGGUUUAUCGAACAAGUCCAUCGAUCCUUUGGAGGAUCCAUCCCAGUUUUGUGCUGCUACGCUUAGCCGCCUUUCAACCAUUGGAUAUGAUGUUUGUGAUCUCUGUGGAGCCAAAUUUUCUGCUUCCUCUUCUCCUGGAUGUAUAAUCUGUGGUAUGGGCAGCAUUAAGAGGUCAGAUGCAGUUGCAGGGGUUGCAGUGUCAGUACCUACUCCAUUUGGAUGAGUUCUAGACAAGGGAAAGUCGUGCAUCAUCCAGCCAAAAUGAAAUUGCUCCUGCAGAAAUGUUUGUCAGAUAAGGUCCCCACCGCUUGAGCACAGACAAGAAGCCAGCAAUACCUAGUUAGUGUAUAUUUGUAUCAUUUAUCUGUUUCUUUGCAUUGAACGUUUUAUUUCUUUCCUCUCUCCCAUUUUCGAUUUUUUUAUUUGAUAGUUACCCAUCGCUUAUUGCGGGUUUAUACCUCCUUUUUCUCACAGCACACCAUCAAUGUAACAGAUUCACAAUUUUGUAGAAAAUGUACUUGUGUUUUGUGGUGAUGCAGUUGCUUGAGUUUGAAAUUUUGGAGUUAAUACCUAUUUCUCUGAACGUAGAAAAGUUUUUGUAACAACAUUCAUGGUAAUGUAUUUGACGUGGUUUUUCCUAUCUUUAUAGGGAAGUGUGGGAGAGAUUUCUGUCAAUGUACAUCAUGAUUAUUGAAAAGAAAUACAUGAUUGUCUUGAUA